AUGAGAGCCACAGUUGUUGUCUCCGAGUACCUAGUUUAUAUCCCAGCUGUCGUCAUCUUUCUGCGAAGAUAUGCUCGUGAGCAAGGCGUUGGACCAUGGCCAGGCUCCAUUGCUCUCUGUGCGGUACUUAUGCAGCCGUCUACAAUUCUUAUCGACCAUGGGCAUUUCCAGUACAACACUGUGAUGCUUGGCUUCAUAGUUGCUUCGCUUGAAAGCAUGUACGCUGGCAGGCCUUUAUGGGCAAGUAUAUUCUUUGUCGCAGCUCUGGGGUUCAAGCAAAUGACACUCUACUUUGCUCCGGUUGUGUUUGCUUAUCUUCUGGGUAUUUGCUUCUCUCCUCGGAUUCGACCCAACAGGCUGCUUGGCAUUGCUCUGAUUACCAUCGUUGCUUUUGCCGUACUGUUCGCACCCCUCUUCGCUGGCUCGCUCGCAGACUGGUACCGCAACAUCCCAAGGCCUGAUAACCUACCACCAUUGAUGAAAUCACUUCCAAUGCAGAUACACGAAACCUCCUGGCUUUAUCAAGUGGUUGUACAGUUUACCCAGUGUAUCCACCGUAUAUUCCCAUUUGCACGUGGAUUGUUCGAGGACAAGGUUGCUAACGUGUGGUGUGCCAUCCACACUUUCUACAAGCUCAAUAAGUUCGACCCCAGCAUACUCAAGCUCGCAGCCCUGGGUGCUACCCUCAUCACCAUAAUGCCAUCUUGUUUGAUAAUUGGACGAUAUCCUCGGACCCAUCUUCUUCCUUAUGCCUUAGCAAGCACUGGCUGGGGUUUCUUUCUCUGCUCCUUCCAGGUCCAUGAGAAAAGUGUUCUACUACCUCUUCUACCCAUGACUUUGCUCUUGGGAAGCGCCGGUGGACUUAGCAAAGAAAUACGUGCUUGGGUUGGCUUGGCUAAUAUGCUCGGCGUAUGGACAAUGUUCCCACUUCUAAAGCGUGACGAAUUACGCAUUCCCUAUACUGUCCUUACGCUCCUAUGGGCGUACUUGCUAGGACUACCGCCAAUGUCUCUUGAUCUAUAUAGGAGUCGCAGCGCUGCACAGAAAUCCGUGGAGCUAUUUACCAAAACCAAGCUCAUCCAUAUAUCUUACUAUGCAGCCAUGCUUGGGUGGCAUCUUCUUGAAAGCAACGUUUCACCGCCGCCUACAAAACCAGAUUUAUGGGUUGUCCUGAACGCACUAAUAGGUGCAUCGGGCUUUGGAAUUAUCUACCUUUGGUGCAACUGGAAACUCAUACAAGCGGUCAUCUUUGAACCGCAGCCGCCAACCUUGAACCCGAAGCGCAAACGUACAGCUCCUGAAAAAGUACCCCUUGAAAAGGUUAAAGACCAAAAUAUUGGUGCUAAAGGCCCAAAAGACUCCAGCGAUAAUUCCAAGGCUCAGAGGGCUUCCAACAGCUAG